UUGAUGUACACAUCAAUAUUUGCUACCCGAGUAAACACCAUAGCUAACACAUUUGAGUUGACGCUGCUUCGUCCAGGCAGUUUCUUGACUGCGACCUCACCAUGGUCUCAGCUAGUGGUCAUUAAGAGAUUUAGGUUCGGGUUUUGAAGCUAUAACAAAUAUUGAACAUCCGACCAAAGGGCUUCGGUACUCUUAGCACGAUGGCUUUGGGUAGGUAUUUAUUAAGAAAUGGGAUCAAAAUGCGCAAUUGGAGAGUAAUCGGUCGUGUAAGAAGGCAUUACAGCCUAACUCCAGAUUAUGUCAAAUCUUUGCGAACCGUGGUUAAUCCAGAUAUAUCCAAGAUCCGAAACAUUGGCAUUUUGGCCCACAUAGAUGCAGGAAAGACUACUACCACAGAAAGAAUGCUCUAUUACGCUGGCUAUACGAGGACACUGGGAGAUGUUGAUGAUGGGGAUACAGUUACAGAUUUUAUGGUUCAGGAGAGGGAGCGAGGGAUCACCAUACAGUCAGCAGCAGUCACCUUUGAUUGGAAAAGUCACAGAAUAAAUCUAAUAGACACCCCAGGACAUGUUGACUUCACGUUAGAAGUGGAGCGGGCACUUCGUGUUCUUGAUGGGGCAGUUGCUGUGUUUGAUGCCUCCGCUGGUGUUGAGGCUCAGACUCUAACAGUAUGGAGACAAGCAGAAAAACAUCGUGUGCCUUGUAUUUGUUUCCUGAACAAGAUGGAUAAGCCAGCAGCAAAUUUAAGUUUUUCCAUCGAGAGCAUAAAGAAUAAGCUCCAAGCCAACCCAGUCCUCCUCCAGAUUCCAAUUGGCAGUGGAAAGAGUUUUAUUGGUUUGGUUGACUUGCUAACAAACCAAAAGUUAACGUGGACGAUGAAAACCAGAGAAGAUGAUGGGCGUAUGUUUGACAUCAAACCCCUGAGUCAAUCCGACAACCCCAAACUCCUACAGACGGCCAGAGAAGCCCGGGCAGGUUUAAUUGAGCAGAUUGCUGAUCUGGAUGAUGAGUUUGCUGAACUAUUACUAACAGAUUUUGGUGAUAAUUUUGAUGCUGUUCCUUCCACCAAACUCCAAGAGGCUGUGCGGCGUAUAACUCUGGCACGUAAAGGGGUCCCGGUGGUCUGUGGGAGCUCUUUGAGAAACAAAGGUGUUCAGCCUCUUCUAGAUGCCAUCACUGCCUAUCUACCUGCACCCAAUGAGAGACACCAUGACCUGGUGAAGUGGUACAAGGAUGACCUUUGCGCCCUGGCCUUUAAGGUUCUCCAUAACAAGCAACGCGGUCCCCUGGUUUUUUUGAGGAUCUACUCUGGUACUGUAAAACCCCAGACAGCUGUCUACAACAUCAACAGCAACAAUAUUGAGCGGAUGAGCAGGCUAUUGGUGCCAUUUGCUGAUCAACAUGUGGAGAUCUCAUCCCUGACUGCUGGAAACAUUGCUCUGACUGUAGGACUCAAGCAGACAGUCACGGGGGACACCAUUGUUUCAUCCAAGGCUUCAGCAGCAGCUGCAGCCUGCCGGGCCCAAGAGGAUGGGGAUAAAGGAAAGAAAAGUGGAGAGCAAGCAAAUCUAAUCCUGUCUGGGGUAGAGGUUCCUGAGCCAGUCUUCUUCUGCUCUAUAGAACCACCCACCAUGGCCAAACAGACCGAUCUUGAGAAUGCACUCACCUGCCUUCAGAGAGAAGACCCCAGCCUCAAAGUCAGGGUUGACCCUGACUCCGGACAGACCAUUUUGUGUGGGAUGGGAGAGCUGCACAUUGAGAUCAUCCAUGACCGGAUCAGGAGAGAGUAUGGCAUUGAGACUCACCUUGGACCACUACAGGUGGCCUACAGGGAGACUAUUCUCCAGCACAUCUCUACUACAGAUACACUGGAUCGUACUGUGGGGGAGAGAAGACACGUUGUGACCGUGAACCUUGCGGUUCGUCCACUUGUGGACAACUCUGUAGGCAGCUCUUGUGACGUAAUGUUUGAAGAGGAAGUGGAUGUGCAGCUGUCCCUGGAAGUUAAGGAGGCGGUGGAGAACGGCGUGCGUUCCUCUUACCUUCAAGGUCCGUUGCUUGGUUACCCAGUCCAGGGUGUGUCUGCAUUGAUCCAGAGUAUUCAGCUGGAGCCGGGGACGUCUCUUGCCAUGGUGUCUGCCUGCACGUCUCGCUGCAUGCACAAGGCCCUGAAGCAAGCAGGUGUGCAGAUUCUGGAGCCUGUGAUGUUGCUGGAGGUGAUUGUGACGGAGGAGCACCUCAGCACUGUGCUGGGGGACCUAGCCCAUAGACGAGGGAGCAUUAAAGACAUCCAGAGUCGUCAUGAUAGUAAAGUGGUGCUUGCCACUGUGCCCCUGGCAGAGAUGAUGGGCUACUCAACUGUGCUACGCACACUUACCUCUGGCAACGCCACCUUCUCCCUACAGCUGGAUACCUAUGAGGCCAUGAACUCCCAGGAGCAGAGUACUCUUCUCAAAAGAGCUGCGGGUCUAACCUAACCCCAAGCUCUUCGCUCGGCUUCACCAUUCAGCGAUUGAACCAAAGGCCGUCUUUGGCGAUUAAAUGGACAAUUUCUCUCUAACUGUAAAAGUAUCAGUGGACAAAUGUAAAACGGCGUGGAUAGAUUUCUCAUCAGUUCAAUUAAAAAGGAUGCCUUUUCCAAAUGAAUGUGCAUGCAUCUUUGGUGGGUACACAUUUGUCUCAGUGCUGUAUUGUG